AGUCACUGCCGCAGCUGUCGGAGCGAGCCAUGGACGCGUCGGCUGGAGGCCGUCGGCGUGGCAGGCGCCAAGCAGAUGAAGAUCGGCGCGCCGAGCGAACGCAGGUCUUUCAAAAGACAAAGAUGUGCAAAUUCCAUUUGAUGGGCAGCUGUCAGAGAGGGUCAGAUUGCCGCUUUGCUCACGAUCAGCGUGAGUUGCAGACUCUACCAGACUUGGCGCGUACGAAGAUCUGCAAACAACUGCUGCAGACUGGGCUUUGUGAGGAUCAUCAGUGCUCCUAUGCGCACAGCAGGGAAGAGUAUCGGGUGGUCCAUGGCUUUUCCGCGGCGGAUCAUCGAGAAGCUGAGAUGCAGCUGCAUCAAUUGGACGCUAUGAAGAGGGCAGGGCGCUUGGUGGAGCCUGGCCUUCCGCGGCCAGAUCCACGGGAUCUGCGGGAUCCGCGGGAUCCGAGGGAGCGGCCGCCGGAGCUCAAGGCGAAUGGACAGAAGGCAGGCUUGGCACCACCGAUGUAUCAGGGCAACCUCCUGGCCUGCGCCACUCCUGUGCUCUUCGUCCCAUCUCUUCAGUCCAUGGUGCCGAAUGAUGCCUUUGCCCCUCCCGUGAUGGGUUUGCCCAGCUCCCCACACGAGAAGCCGGGGCCACCGGGGCCACCGGGGCCGCCGGGAAUGGCCCCACCGGGGCCACCAAAGGCGCCUGGUCCUCCGCCCAGUGUGAUGAAGGAGUCACCUCUGGCUCCGGGCUCUCACCCUGGCUUCAACGCCGAUCGGCUUCAGGCAAUGACGCAGUUCAUGCAGCCACGAGGUCCCUACAAUGGCUAUGCGCACGGCCUUGACCCCUUCGAGGCUGGUCGUGGACCCGGAAUCGACCUCCAACCAAUGGGUCCUGAGCCCACGAAUCGUGCCAUUGGUCCCAAGGAAGGCCGAGGUAAGGUUUCCGGUGGUCGGAGCGCCUUGUCCAUGCCUGAUGACGACAUGUCUUUCAUCCCCAGCGAGCCUGCGAAACUCCAGUUGGGCUCCCUACGGUCUUUGAGUUCCAACUCUUUGGCCGCGCAGGGGGAGGAUGAUGACUAUGAUGACGUCUCGGAUCGAGGGAUGGGCCUUGGGAUGGGCAUGCCCAUGACUGGCGUGCCCAUGCCCGGCCCCGGACGGGAAGCCUUGAAGGUGAAGAAUACCUUUCUCGACUACGAGACUGACUGCACACCGCUGGGACAGAGGCUGCGACCGAUUUGCUCCGCCGCGGGGCGCUUGGACGCCUUGGGGGACGAAGAGGAGACCGGUUUGGGUGCACUGGCUUCUUCCAUUGCUCCUGUGCCGAGCGUGAUUUCUCCCAAUAGUGCUCCACCCGGAGUGUCCCCUGGCAGCGACAGUUUGCGCAGACGCGAUCUUGCAUCAGAUGGAAUGGCAAAUCUCUUCACGGUCAAGAACACGUUCAUCGAGUGUGAGGAUCCCAGCGCCGAGGCAACCUCCCUGCGGGCGGUUCACACCGCCGCAGGACGUCUGGAUACCAUGUGGAGAGACGAGGAGGACCGUUUUGACUGACCAGAGGCCGAAAGGCCGAAUGCGAUCUGGCCAACAGCUGGUGUUCAACAGACCCUGGUACCCUGUGGCCUUCGGCCCCUUCAGCUGGUUCCUGGUGCAUUUUGGCAGAUUUGAAAAACCAAACCCUGGC